AGGGAAAUAUAGCUAGGUUCGCUAGCCAGCUAGCUGGCCGAGUCAGCGAGUAACGUUAAACACAGUCACGGACGUUUCUGCUUAAAAUAUAGUAACAAACCCCAUUAUGUCUUUUUCAAGAGCACCACUGAAAAGAUUUAAUGAGCGAGUCGGCUGCGCUCCACCACCAGGUUCAUAUGAUGUGAGAAACGAAGACGUAAAAGGUGCUGUCUCCUUCCAUAAAGCCGAGCGCUUCAAAUCGGCUAAAUCGGUUGAUGGUGUACCUUCUACGAAAGAUGCCCUAACUUCACCCAUGCGCCGAACAAUGUCUGCCGAUGGCUUGGCUGAAGUGUCCAGCCUGAAGAAGGACAAGAAUGGAUAUUCGGUGCAGAGGAAGCAGCAGACAUUACUGGAGAAAGAGAUCCGGUCUCUUGUGCAUCAGCGGGCGGAGCAGGACCGCAAGCUCCAGGCCUUGGAGGAGGAGCUGCGAAAGAUCGAGGCUAAGCUGCUGUCCGCUGUGCGCGAGAAGACCGGGCUCUCCGCCAGCGUGGCCUCCCUGGAGAGGCAACUGGGGGACCUGAAAAAGGCCAAUGAAUUCCUGAAGACCAAGUUUUCCACAGACAGCUCAAAAAAGAGGAUUAACUCUCUCUCCAUGGAGCUCAUUGAGGCAAAGAAUAAACUAGAUGCCAAAGACAAGGAGCUGAGUUUCCUGAAGAUCAGCACGGAGGGCCAGGUGAAGGUGCUGGAGACAGACUUGGCAGCUCUGAGGGCAACACUGGAUGCCCUGAGGGAGAGGAACCAAGACCUGGAGGACCUCCGCCAGGAAGCUAAACUGCAGAAUGAGGAGAUGGAGAGUGAAAUGGACAAACUGCAUGCUGUCAUCCAAGAGCUGAGGGAGGAGAUCAAGGUGUUGCAGGGGUACUUGGAUACAGCCAAUGAAGAAAUCCAGGACUUGCGUUUGAAGGUGCGAGAGAAAGAGAAGGCUGCUCUUAGCACUUCAGAAUCUCUACUGCGGGACUCCCAGAAUGCAUUGGGGGAGAAGGAACGAGAGCUGGAGCGGCUCAGCUCUGAGCUUCAGGACUCCCAGCGUGCACUGGGGGAGAAGCAGCGGGAGACGGAAAAGCUGAUGUGUGAGCUGCAGGACUCCCAGCAUGCAUUGGGAGUGAAGGAGCGAGAGCUGGAGCAGCGCCGCUGUGAGCUGCAGGGCUCCCAGCAUGCACUGGUGGAGGCAGAGAAACAGCUGGAGCAGAAUGCGCUGGAGCUACGGGACUCCCGGUGUGCGCUGGCGCAACAGGAGCAAGAGCUGACCAGGCUGAGGGAGGUGCUGCGGAGGACGGAGGAGGAGCUGGAUCAGAGGGUGGCGCUUCUUAACGACAGAUGUCUGGUUCUUGAGCAGGAGAGAGGUAGGACACAGGAGGAGGGGCUGAGGAGAGUGCAGGAGCUGCAGGCAGAGAUCAGCUCGCUGGAGCAGAAGAGAAAGGGCGAUGAAGAGGCUCGCGCAGAACUGGCAAAACUGCUGGAGGAGGAGAAGGAGCGGUCAGGCUCGCUGGCUGCCCUGCUGGAGCGCCUGCAGAGGGAGCUGGAUGAGGAGCGCCGCCAGCUGGAGGGGGAGCUGGAGGAGGCGCUGGGGGAGCUUUCUCUGCUGGAGGAGCAGGAGCAGCGCAGCAAGGAGGAGAACCAGGAGCUGGAGAGGGAGCUGACUGACGUCCGGGCUGAGCUGGACAGGAAAAGGGCGGAGCUGCAGAACGUGGAGGAGCGCCACCUGGAGGCCGUGGCCAAAUUGCAGGAGGAGCACAGCAGCUCACUGAGGAAGAUCGGGGAGAUGGCCACAGAGCUGGAGAGCACUAAGAAGUCCCUGGGUGAUGACAUGCACCACGUGGAGGCCCGCUGCCAGGAGCUGCAGGAGGAGGUGCGGAAGGUGACGCAGCAGUUCGAGGAAGAACGCCGGCAGCUGCAGGACGUCCAGCAGUCCCAGGACAAGACCAAAGAGGAGUAUGCCAGGAUGCUGCUGGAAGCCCAGACGAGGCUGGCCCAGAAGGAGGCGGAGCUGAGGGCGGCGGCGGAGGCGCACGCCGCGGAGACGGGCAGGCUGCGGGGCCAGGCGGAGCGGGAGAGGGAGCGCGCGCGGGGGCUGGAGGGGUGGCUGGAGCAGGAGGCGCAGGACAGGCAGGAGCAGAGGAGGUGCUCGCGGGAGGGGAGGGCCGAGGAGACGGAAAGGCUCCGGAGCCGGGUGGAGCAGCUGGAGCGGGAGAAGCGAGAUUUCGAGGAGAGGAUGGAGGGGCAGAGGGAGGAGCUGCAGAGACUACAGGCGGAGAUGCGGGAGAGGAGUGCUCCAGCCGUGGACGAGGCAGAGAUGUGGAGAGCACGCUAUGAAGAGCUCCAUGCCAAAGUUAAACCUUUCCAGGAGCAGCUGGACCGCUUCGCCGCCGAGCGCAACGCCCUCAUGAACGAGAACGGGGCCACGCAGGAGGAGCUGAACCGCCUGGCCGACGCCUACGCCCACCUGCUGGGCCACCAGAACCAGAGGCAGAAGAUCAAGCACGUGGUGAAGCUGAAGGAGGAGAACAUCUCACUUAAGCAGGAAAUGCUGAAGCUUAGGACCCAGCUGGGGAAGCAGAAGAAGGAGCUAGACCAGCUGAAGGCCAGUUCAGCCCCACGUAGGUUUGACCCCAGCAAGGCCUUCAAGCUGGACAGCAAGGAGAACCAGCAGCCCCCAGCCACACCCAGACAGGGCAAUCAGAAGGUGCUCUGAACUUUCCCAUGUUAGUUAUGUCAACUUGUGACUGUACUGGGCUCCUUUCACCAGCAGUACGAUGGCCA